UAUAUAUAUAUAUAUAUAUAUAUUUGUGUUUGUAGCAUUGAGGUAUUGACGAAUAACGUUCUUUACUUGAAGUAUUUUAUUAAGUUUAUCGAUUAAAACUUUUCCAGGUUUUAAUCAAAUACGUCAUAAUGUGGGAAGAUAAAGAAAUAAGAUUCGAUGUAUUUUACAAUCAGAUGCAAUUAAGAGUUGGUGAAAUUAUGGUAGACAAACUCGAUAUGAUAGAAGACACGAAAGGAAAUUCUGGCGACAAUGGAAGAUUAAUUGUAACGAAUUUACGAAUAUUAUGGCAUUCCAUAUCUUUACCAAGAAUUAAUUUAAUUUUUGUCAUUUUCACAGCCAUCGGUUUCAAUACUUUCGUUACAAUAAAUUCAAAAACUGUAAGCACAGUUAAAGGUGGACAAACACAAGCUUUACACAUUUUAACAUCUUUUCGGAAUAGUCAAUACGAAUUUAUAUUCACAAAUUUAAAUUCAAUAAGUACUAGACAUUAUACCUCAGUUAUUGGUGUAUAUAGAGCUUAUACGUCAUCAAAAGUUUAUCGAGAAAUCAAAUUAAGAAGUGGUAUUGUCAAUGAAAAUAGAUUGACUCUGUUGCCACAUGAAAAAGUCCAUACAAGUUUGCCGGAUGUUUGGAAUUUAUCUGUUGAACAGGGAAAUAUCGGAACUUUCAUAGUUACAAAUAUUCGACUCGUAUGGUUUGCAGAUAUGAAUAAUCAAUUUAAUGUAUCAAUGCCAUAUCUAUCGAUUGCUAGCGUUACAAUUAGAAAUUCUAAAUUUGGAGCAACAUUAGUGGUAUUAAGCGACAAGGAUAAUAAUGAAUAUAUUUUAGGAUUUCGUAUAAAUCCAAUAGAAAAACUUCAUACUCUUCACAAAGAAAUUAAUAUAUUAGUAGCAGCGUAUAAGAAGUCACCGAUCUUCGGCGUAGAUUAUACUUUUGAAUAUCAGGGACCGAUGGAAGAAGAGAUUCAUCCAGAACGUUUCAACGAAAUACAAGAUAAUCAGGGUGAUAUUUCUGAUGUUAUUGGUUAUUAUUUUUUCGAAGGAGGUUCGACACAAAGGAAACCUAAUUUUUCAAAUUACUUGGGAUUGGCCAUAGAAGAUCCUAGAGAAGGAAGUACUUUACAAAAUUUAUGGGAGCUUGUACCCUCGACGUAAUUGAUUACUUUAAGUGUUUGUGAUAAGAGAAUAUUUUCUUAUAUAAAUUAUAUAUGACGUAUAUAUAUCCUUGUGUAUAUAUAUAUAUAUAUAUAUAACAAAGGUAAGAUUAACUUACAAAUAGUAAAACUAGUACAUUAGAUUUUAUUAAAUACAAUUUGCAGAAACAAAAAAUUCAUAUAUUAAUUUUCUUCUUCUGUACAUUUUGUUCUCUAUUAUCGUUCGAAAACGAAUCUUUCGAUUAAACAGAGAGUAGAAUGUGAUGUGCGGGGUUUUAGAAUAUCUAAAUUAAUAUCAAACAUAAAGAAGGUAAUAAUAAAGAGAAGUGUGGUGUAACUAAAAAAUGGGAUCUAAUUAAAAUGGAAUAAGAUAUAUUACGAAUAUAAGGCGUGCAAUAGUUUUUGAUGAGAAAAAUUUUAUCAAAUAAUCGACAUUAGUUUCAUUUCUCUUUUCUCAAAGGCUUAGCUUGGUCUACAAUUUAACGGAUGAACAAUCGGUUGAUCGUUUUGAUCAUCAAUUUCUUCAUUAGGUUCAUUCUCUUCAGGUUGUUCAACCGGAAAUCUAUAACCCAUAUUAAUCAGCAUUAAUUCAAAUGGAUCUCUAUUCAUACGUAUUUGAUUUGCAGAUGCAGCAUCUUCCAAAUUUUUAAUUUCCCUGUCGUUUAUACUGCCAUCCUAGAAUUUAUUUCAAUAAAAAAAAUUAGUCAUUUUUUUUUUUUUUUUAAAUCAUAUAAUCCAAUUGUAACAGUUAUAUAAGAAAUAUUGAAUUAUUUACUUCUGGUAGUGGGCUCCAUAAUCUGAUAACUGGAUCUAUGCCACUUGUUGCCAAUAGACAUGUUGAUGGAUGUGGCUGAAGACAAUUUACAAUUCUAUCAUCACCUCUUAAUACACGUAUAAUAUUUGUUGUAUUCCGAUCCCAAAUAAAAAAGGAACCAUCGUCCGAUCCGGCAACUAUAUAUUGUCCAUUGCUU